UCUCCGCUCACAAACAAGCGUCCAGCCACCGGCGAAGCCACCCCCUGCCCCUCCCGCACCAGAGCCUUAAAGGGGCCGCGCCGCCCUCUCUGAGCCAAGCCAUGAGCCAGCGGUGGAGCGGGAGCAGCAGCUGCAGCAGCCGGGCGGACAUGGUGCCCGAGAUCGCCGCCGCCGUGGGCUUCGUGUCCAGCCUGCUCCGGACCCGGGGCUGUGUCAGCGAGCACCAGCUGCAGGUCUUCAGCGGGGCCCUGCAGGGGGCGCUCACAGAGCAUUACAAACAUCACUGGUUUCCCGAGAAACCCUUCAAAGGCUCUGGGUAUCGCUGCAUUCGAAUCAAUCACAAAAUGGACCCCAUUAUCAGCAAAGCUGCUAGUCAGAUCGGACUCAGCCUCCAGCAGCUGUAUCAGCUCCUGCCCAGUGAGCUCACGCUCUGGGUGGACCCGUACGAGGUGUCUUACCGGAUCGGUGAGGAUGGCUCCAUCUGUGUGUUGUACGAAGCGGCAGCACCUGUGAGCGCCUAUGGGAUGCUCACCUGUAAAAACCAGAUGAUGUUGGGUCGCACGAGCCCUUCCAAAAGCUACAUGAUGACUGUCUCCAGCUAAAUGUGCCUGGUCUGACCCUGCUAGGACACGGGCUACUGAAUACCUCACUGGAGGAUCUAUUUUUAAAUGAAGAGCUAUUUAUAUUUUUUAAAAAAAGCAAGAAAAUCCCAAAUGAAAUUUAAAUAUCAGACACUGCUCUGUAAGGAAGCAGUGUUAGGUGCCUUUUUCUUUUUUAAAGCUGUUGCAAGCUUAUGAGUUUUUAUUAUGAAGCCAAUAUCUACCUAAAUGGUAUUGAAUGACAAUUUGGGUGGAUGGAAGGCUUGCUUCUCUGGGCAGCUUGGGGUGGAGGAACUGAAGUGGUUAGGAGGAAAUACUGCAUUUUUUUUAAAGAGUAUUUUAAACUAUAUGGAGUAAGCGCUGAGCAACUGUGAAUGAAAAGGCUAGAAUACCUAGUGUGGGGGGCUUUGAAAAAUAAUAUAAGCCAGGGGUGGGGAACAUUUUUGGGUCAGGGAUUGCUGAUCCAAAGAAAAAUCACUCGGGGGCUGCAUGCAGGAGGAGAGGGGGAAAAAAACCCUUCACUGAAGUGGCACCUGACUGAGAAGGAGAAAUUCCCCUUGCACACCAGAGACUUGGGUGGCCCAGGCUAAUAGAUUUUGUGUGCUCCAGCUCUGCGGAGGGACGGCGGGGGGGCUGGAGCACGAGCGUGGGCUUCCCAAUGCCGGGGGGAGCCCUGAGUCUCAGGGGGCGGAUCCAGCCUCUGGGCCUUAGGUUCCCUGCCCCUGAUAAAAAAUGACUCCACUGAGUAAGUAGACUGGAGUGUCAAGACCCCUUAAAAGCCCAUUCUAGCCUUGAUUGUUUAUUUUAAAAAAUUGCCUACUCUCUUACACUGAUAAGAGGCUGUAAUUUCAUCACCCCUCCCUCCAUUUCCCCCUAGACAAGCCUAAGCAAUUUGUGGCCUAAGUUCCUUGAUCCUUCAGCAUUCAGGGUUGGGCCCUUAAACUGUUUGGUAGUUCCCAACACACAUUUGUAAUGUGCCCAAGUGCCAGACCAAUGUGAAUUGAUCUACCUGCUGGGGAACGCUUCCCUUGGACUUUCUCAUUCACUGCCUUUUCUACUAAUCAAGCUCCUGACAAUGCUGCCAGUGGCCCUUUAAGAGGUAAUUAAAAACACAAGGCACUUAAAACUCUAUUUUUAAUGAAACUUUCUCAGAUGAGUUUCAAAGCACAUUGGGGUUUUUUUGCCUUACUGUUUUGAACUGGCAAGGGACUUGCCUAACCAGAGCUAUUCCUUCUCCGCCUUUUCUGAAUCAAGUUCUCAAAUACUGUGCAAUAUAUUUCUGAAUCUUGGGCACUGUGUAGGAGGAAGGGGAUUCCUCUUUGCUACAGUUUUUACCAGCUUUUGAACUGCUGAACUGGAAAACUUCCCUUCAUCCUCAGCAUAUCCUUUAAAGAUGCCUGUUGGCCGGUGCGUCUCCCACCUCACAGCAUAAUAGUCCCCAAAAAGAUCUGACUUGUAAGGCGGAAGUUGCCUCUCUCCAGUUGUACGUGCUUGGUCAGCAAAGCAGAAGUUACAGUGAAGCACACAAGAGUAUCUUAUGAUCUGACCAAGAGCCUAAUUGUGCAAUAUUUUGUAUCACAAUGAAAGGAAAUACGUAGGCGCUUCUGCACUGUAAAUUUCCCUUCCAAGGAAAGUCUUGGUUCACAGUGCUGUGUGGGAUCCUCUUUUAUCUGGUGUCUUGAUGAAAACCUACAAAUGAGAACUAAAAAGUUUCCAGAACAAACCGUUUCCUUUUCUGCACUCCUGUACUUGGAAUUUCCCACACGGUGGUACUUGGUUAGUUUACCAAUUUGGUGUGGUGAAAGCAAAUCUUACACCUCACUCCUUCCCUCCUACUAAAAGAGUGCUUUUGAAAAAAUACAAAUUGCUACACUACCAUUGUUCUAAUCAUGCCCCUUUCUUAAAAGGGGUGGGGGAAAAAAUCCUACCAAAUUUCAUGCUAUUAACUCCAUGCCAGGGACAAGUAUUAAGUUGCGUUUGCUUUAAAACCAACCAAAUUCAGACAACAUUUUUUUUUGUAGCUUGUUACCUGUAAAAGCUGUGAAUUGAAGUGUGCUCUCUGUUGCCUUGUGCCUGUUGCAGAGCUGAAUUGUAUUUUAGGAAUGUCUGUUGGGUUUUCUCCUCUUUCAUUGUUUUAAACGGAGCUGGACUGUUGAGCGGGACCUGCUUUGUAGUUGGCGAAACCGGUAGGAAGUUUGUAAGCUUUUUUUGGGGGAAGGGGAGGGAAUAAUACUAAUUGUACAGUAGUGUUUUUAUAUACAAUGUACAGAUACACUGACAAAUGUACACUUGUUUUGUUACUUUAAUAAAAAUGUAGCAAUUUAAAAGAA